AUGGACCGGGAAAAACACAGUGAAACCCGGUACGCCGGGUUGGCCGGAGGUCUAACGGGCUGCAUAACGCGCUUCAUCUGUCAGCCGUUGGAUGUGCUGAAAAUCCGGCUCCAGUUGCAGGUGGAACCGAUCGCAACGGGCUCCAGCCAGUCGAAGUACCGCUCGAUCGUGCAAUCGAUCGCAUGCAUCUACCGCGAGGAGGGUCUGCUCGCUUUCUGGAAGGGUCACAACCCUGCCCAGGUCUUGUCGCUCGUGUACGGGGUGGCGCAGUUUUCGUUCUACGAGCGAUUCAACCGACUACUGCGGGAAUUGCCCCUGCUCGAUGGCCACGACCGGGGGCGACAGUUUUUGUGCGGUGCGUGUAGUGGGUCGUUUGCAGCAUUAACGAUAUUGCCCCUGGAUGUGAUACGGACACGCAUGGUGUCGCAGGAUCCCGGUCGGGGAUACCGGAAUGCGCUGCAGGGUUUGCACGAAAUCUACCGCCACGAGGGCGUCCGAGGGCUGUACCGCGGGGCGGGCCCUGCCAUGCUACAGAUCGCGCCACUUGCUGGGGGUCAGUUUAUGUUCUACAACUUAUUCGGAUCACUCGCCAAAAGAUACCAUGGGCUGCCGGUCGAGGCCCAGUUGCCAUCGGGUGAGCUUUUCGUCUGCGGAGGAUUGGCCGGAUUCUGCACGAAGCUGCUCGUGUAUCCGCUGGAUCUAACUAAAAAGCGCCUGCAAAUUCAGGGAUUCGCUCGCAGCCGGCAAACGUUCGGACAGCACUUUGUCUGUCGUCAUAUGAUCCACUGCCUGGUGCAGGUUGGCCGGUACGAAGGUGUUCGGGGGCUGUACAAAGGAUUGCUGCCAUCCCUGCUCAAAGCAGGCUUCACUUCCGCCUUUUACUUUACGAUCUACGAUAGUUUACUGCUACUGUUUAACAGCGAACAAAGCUUUAAAUAAC